AUGGAGCAGCGGAAUAUAACCGAUUUGCCCUUCGAAGUCCUCGAUCUGAUAUUUGAAAGCUGCCAGUAUCUUCGUUACAAGGUGGAUUUGGCCCAGGUCAAUGAGAAGAUGGGGGAUGCCUUUGCCUACCACUGCCGCAAUGAGUUUAGGAGGCUUUCGCCCAAUCAAAGACUAACAACUGAACUGUGGGUGUUUCUUAUAAGGAAAUGUGGCCAUUCAGUUGAGGAACUGAUCUUCGAUGGCCUGGGGAACUAUUGGGACGACGUUAUAGCACAGGCGGUUUUAGACCACUGCCCAAAUCUAAAAUCGCUGAGCACUUGUUUCUACCGAUCUCAUCAAGGCCAAGUUCAUGCUUUUCUAGAAAAGAUGAAAGAUGUGCUGAUAUCGGUUGAACUGGAGCAACGACAACGUUUUUCAGCGACGAUACUCGAAGCAGUUGAGUCGUUGUCAUUAAGAUUGUGCGAUUUCUCAAUGGAAUUGCCCGACUGUCCCAAGCUAAGAUCUCUGGACAUCUAUUUCAACACAUCUAAUAUAGAAGGCUACCAUCUGAGGUUUAUUAUAAAAAAUGGAAAAAAUAUUACAACUCUGAGAGAGAAGUGUGAACCGCCAAUCAAUGCAGAUGGGUUUUUAAAAUUGCUCAGAGGCUGCCCAAAACUGCGGGAGUUUUAUACUCCGAUGGAAUAUAUAAAACUCUAUCUGGGGUAUGUGUCUACCAUAGUGGAAAUACUCAAGGACAAUGGAGUCACGCCGGAGAACCCUUUUAAAUUGGUUAUAUGUAGCCUUAUUAAGUGGAAAUGGUUCCGUAGAUUGCUUCUUCGAGUUCCUGAUGCUAACUUAAUCGAUUUAUAUGUGAUAUCCGAGUAAGGUUUAUAAUAUAUUGCUAAACACCUCUGUUAUAAAAAAAAAAUUAUAUUUAGGGAGUGUAGAAAAUAAAAUAAAUUAUAAUU